AUGGAUGCGUCUUCUUUCGGACUCAUCCAGGAACAGCUUGCACAUGACCCCUUUCGUUUACUCAUUGCAACAAUUUUUCUCAAUCGAACCCGCGGUGGUGUUGCCUUGCCGAUCUUAUUCAAGGUCUUUGAACGAUACCCUACGAUCGAGGCGAUGGCAGAAGCAGACCUACCGGAACUCGUAUCGAUGAUAAACUGCCUGGGCUUUCAAAACCAACGUGCAAGGAAAUGCAUCACGUUGGCACAGACAUGGCUAUCAGAUCCCCCGAACAAAAGCAAAAGAUAUCGCAAGCUACACUACCCACGGAAACUGGACGGUCGAAAUGUUGGUCGUGAAGAAUGCAUUGAUGAAGAAGAUUUGCGAGUCGCAUGGGAGAUUGCACAUUUACCCGGAGUUGGAGCAUAUUCCCUUGAUAGCUGGAGAAUCUUCUGUCGUGAUGAGUUGCGUGGGAAAGCCUCUGACUGGAAAGGGACGGAUGCGACAGAGGUCGGGUUUGUGCCUGAAUGGAAGUGUGUUCUGCCUCACGACAAGGAGCUACGUGCCUAUCUUACAUGGAUGUGGCUGAAGGAAGGAUGGAUUUGGGAUUACAACACGGGUGAUCUGACACUUGCGAGUGACAAGAUGAUGAGAGCUGCGCAGAGUGGAGGGGUCGCUCGUGAAGAAGAGGGGAAUUGGGUACUGGAGACAUCCCCUGUCAAGGCUGUGAAUGGAUUGCAUGAAUCAGAUUGA